AUGAGCUGGAGAUGGGGUCAAAGUUCAGAUGCGACUGAUAGUUCUAGUAAUGAAGCUGGUCAUGUAAUAGCAACUACAAUUCGUGGGCGCAACGGCCUGCCUAAACAGGUGAGGUCUGUCACAUACAUCGCUGAACAUGUGGUUGGAACUGGUUCUUUUGGGGUUGUAUAUCAGGUGAGAAUUGGUCUUCGUGGUCUUACUCGACCCAUGCUAGAUCAGCUACCUAAAAUCUACAGGAACCUAGGGGAGAACUUAUAUGAGAGAGUUCUGCCUUCAAUCAUUCAUGAAACACUCAAAGCUGUGGUUGCUCAAUACAAUGCCAGUCAGCUGAUCACACAGAGAGAGGUUGCUGCACAAGAAGCUGAGCGUGCCAAGUUCAUUGUUGAGAAGGCCGAGCAGGACAAGCGCAGUGCAAUCAUCAGGGCACAGGGUGAGGCUAAGAGUGCUGAGCUGAUUGGUCAAGCCAUUGCGAACAACCCCGCUUUCCUGGCUCUGAGACAGAUUGAAGCUGCCAGGGAGAUCUCCCACACCAUGGCGGCCUCAAGCAACAAGGUGUUCCUUGAUUCCAGGGACCUUUUGCUUGGACUCCAGCAACUGAACGUGGGGGGCAAACAAAAGAAGUGA